AUGUUGGCCAUCAUUUUACACAAUACGCUCUCCGAAGCUGCUGCGUGCCCGAAUUCGGUAGUUCAGGUUAAUGUUGUCCAUCAUGAACAAGAUACUGCCACCGAAGCUGCUGCAUGGCCGAAUCAGUUAGUUCAGGUUAAUGUUCGCGAUCAUGUACAUGAUACGGCCACCGAAGCUGCUGCAUGGCCGAAUCAGUUAGUUCAGGUUAAUGUUCGCGAUCAUGGACAUGAUACGGACUCCAAAGCUGCUGCGUGGCCGAAUCAGUUAGUUCAUGUUAAUGUUGGCCAUCAUUUACACAAUAGGCUCUCCGAAGCUGCCGCGUGCCCGAAUUCAGUAUUUCAGGUUAAUGUUGUCCAUCAUGAACAAGAUACUGCCACCGAAGCUGCUGCAUGGCCGAAUCAGUUAGUUCAGGUUAAUGUUCGCGAUCAUGUACAUGAUACGGCCUCCGAAGCCGCUGCGUGGUCGAAUCAGUUAGUUCUGGUUAAUGUUUUCGAUCAUGUACAUUAUACGGCCUCCGAAGCUGCUGCGUGGCGGUAUCAGUUAGUUCAUGAUAAUAUUGGCCAUCAUUUAUACAAUACGCCCUCCGAAGCUGCCGCGUGCCUGAAUUCGGUAGUUCAGGUUAAUGUUGUCCAAUAUGAACAUGAUACGGCUCCGAUCAGUUGCUGCGUGGCCGAAUCAGCUGUUACCAAUAAUGUCGGCAAGAAAUGCAAAUGUCACGGUAUGUCCGGUAGCUGCGAAAUGAAAACUUGCUGGAAAUCUACGGCAGACUUCCGGGAAGUCGGUACCGUACUGAAAAGAAAAUUCUACGCGGCACGAAAGGUCAUCAUUCACAAUACAGCAGCAAAAGCACUAAUAACGCGAGGCAGUAAGCGACGCCGGAAUCGUCACAGGUCGAAAGCCACAACACCGACGUCGUCAUGGACAGACCUAAAAAUAAAGAACAGUUUUCCUGAAAGUUCGGGCACAGUCACCCGGAAGCGAAAAUGGAGCAGCCGAAAAAGAAAACGGAGAAGACGGAAGAAGAAGAAGAAGAGGAGAAGGAAAGGGCGACGCUAUCGUGGACGCUUUCCUCGGAAAACAGAUCUCGUCUACUACGAGAAAUCACCGAGUUUUUGCGAGCCGAAUCCCGAGAUUGACUCUCCGGGGACGUCAGGUCGUCUUUGCAAUCGGACAGGGACCGAUGUAGAUAACUGCAACACGCUCUGCUGUGGCCGCGGUUACAACACCCUCAGAGUGCGACGAACGGAAAGGUGCCGUUGUAAGUUCUACUGGUGCUGUUACGUACUCUGUGAGGAAUGCGUCUUUGAUGAAUGGGUAACUGUCUGUAAAUGA